ACGAGAUAGACUUAAGCGCCUCAGUUCAUUGGUCCCAUCAGCACUCAGUCGAAACGUGCAGGAAACGUUGAGAAUCAGUAGAGUAAAAAUGAGUCUCCGGAAACAGACACCAAGUGAUUUCUUGAAGCAGAUCAUUGGAAGACCAGUGGUGGUGAAACUCAACUCUGGAGUGGAUUAUAGAGGAGUUCUUGCCUGCCUGGAUGGCUACAUGAACAUUGCUGUGGAACAGACGGAGGAAUACGUCAAUGGCCAGCUCAAGAACAAAUAUGGUGAUGCAUUUCUCAGAGGAAACAAUGUGUUAUACAUCAGUACCCAGAAGAGGAAGAUGUGAAGCCAUUUUACUAAUUUCUUUAUUCAUUAUUAGAUAAGUGAAUUAUUUACCGUUGCUGUUCAUAAUAUUUUGUUAGUUGAUGAUAUCUAAGUUUGUUUCAUGUUUUGUAACACAAAAUAUGGUGUCCUGCAGUGUGAUGCAGUAAAUAAUUUGUUUUCCAAUGAUGGAUUUUUUGUUUUGGUUUUAUUGAUUUGAUAUAUCUGUUCCUGAGGUGCUUCUAUGAAAAUUAAAAUGGUGAUAAUUCAGUCAUAAGGAAUUGCUAAUUAGACUUUCCAAGUCUUGAAACUGUUCAAGGCUAUUUUCUGUACAUAUUUCAUACUAAGUUUACCUGCUGUUUCACAUUACUUAUUCUCCUGUUGCCCCCUUUUAAUAUGAAGGGAGCACUCUGAUUUGAUCAUUUAUACUUUUUAGAGUCAUCAAAAGGUAGCUGCACAUUUCUAACCUAUCUGCCAUCUUUAGAAUGCCCUAAUCCAUUUACGAACGAUCCUGGCUCUGUGACAUUUCAUUAGGCUGAGAUUUAAAAAAAAAAAAAAAUAAAUUAUUCAUUAGGCUCCUAUUGAGCUGUUUGGAUGCACCCAGAGUUCUCUUUAUGGGCAAGAAGUUUACUUGGACCUUUAUUUCUUUUCAUGAUGUAUCCACAUAUACAUGCUCUUUGCCCUCGUUUAGGAGACAAAAGGCUGCCAAGGUCGGCCCUGAAUGCAGGAUGAAGGACACCUUAUUGAUUAAACCUGGUCUGUAACUGCAGUGAGUGGGGGCUUGCUAGUAGGAGCUUGGUAUCAUUAGGAAAGCAUUUGCUGCAGUCGCCAUAUUGUAAUAAAAAACCAGAGCCCCUCACGUGACGUCACAGUAAUGACUCAAUGACUAAAUAGGCUCUGUCUUAUGAGGGCUGCUCUAAUGACCUAGAGCAACAUUCUGCAACAUCAUAACUGGCAACAAAGGCUGGCUUCAAAAUCUGUACACCGGUUAUCCCCAUCAUGCAUUUAUUUAAUGGAUCCACAAUAUUCAUAUGGAUUUGAUCACUGCAUCGUAGCUGUUGGGUCAUAAUGAAAGCUCACAGAUAUUAGAGGUUUUAAGUCCUUGCCCCAUCACAUAAUACUAUUUUGACUGUUAAAGGAAAUGGCAUGUUUGCACUUGGAGUGCUUCAUUAGGCUGUGCAUUGCGUUCAUGUGCAAGUUCUUUCAGUGAGUUUAAGGUCUGCAGCUCCACCAGCAGUUGGACGCUCUCGUUGCAAUUGAUCAGAAAUCCGCCCCAAUUUCCAAAGACUGAAAUGAAAAAUAAAACAUUAGCUGUUAUUUGCAACCGAACACCUAGUUUAGUCACAAUAAUAUUCAAAAAUGACCAAUGGAAUUAACAGAAACAUGUAAUGCUGGUGUUCAUAUAUAAUGACAAUGACUUAUGCAUAUCUUGUUAAAAUGUUUUUUUUUUUUGUUGUUUUUUUUUUAUACAUACAGUGGUGUGAAAGUGUUUGCCCCCUUCCUGAUUUCUUAUUUUUUGGCAUGUUUGUCACACUUAAAUGAUUCAGAUCAUC